CAAUCACAGUGAGCCUCUCCUGUAAAAAGUCACGUAGUGGACGUUCGCGGAUGUCCGUGAUGUUGUUGUGGGAAUUUCGGCGAGUGCUGCUGGCGGCCUCGACCUUGGCCUUUUUUACUGACGCUUGUUUGAAUUGGCAAUUGACCUGCGCGAAUGGCACGCGUCUUUCCGAAGACAGCGCUUGCGACUUCACCAACGAUUGCGACGACGGUGGCGAUGAGCGACACUGUUGCCACUAUAAGAGGUGUGACUUUGACGAAGGCUUCUGUGACCUGUUCCAACCAUUGCAAGCAUUUUCUCAAUGGAACAGAACCACGGCGCUUGCGCCCAUCCAAGGCGACCAUGGAAACAACCAAUCAGCAUAUUUCCUGUCCCUUGUACCUCAAAGAGGACACGCUACCACUGCACAGCUGAUAAGUCCUCAGUUUGGGCCUGCUGACGGCUGCCAGAUGAGCUUCUACCAUUACGUCUCGGCCCAAUAUGGAGCGCUUGAGGUUCUAAUGGAAACCGGUCCUCUGGGUCGCAGCACUGUGCUAUGGAAGCAGUCCACUCCAGCAGAAGAGUGGCAGCGGGCUAUCGUCCGGUUUUCCAGCAACAACACUUUUCAGGUGGUAAUUCAAGGGACUCUUACAGCGGAAAGUGAUGCAUCAGAGGUGCUGGCCAUCGAUGACAUUUCCUUUAGUCCCCACUGUGUGCCUGUUUUGGUUCCCAGCGCGCCGCUGCCUCUCAGCAGUGCUUGCCCCCCAUCCUUGUUCGCAUGCAAGGGCGGCGGCCUGUGCAUAGAGGGGGACAAAGUGUGCGACUUCACGCCGCAGUGUCCCCACGGCGACGAUGAAAGCAACUGCCCUUCGGAGUGCGACUUUGAGGGUGGCUCCUGCGGCUGGUACGAGCUCACCCUUGGAGACGGAUUCGACUGGGUCAGGGGCUUGUCCGCGGACGUACCGCCGGAGUACUACGGUCGGCCGCCGCCUCUGGACCACUCCGGUAACAACGCAGAGGGUCACUUUAUGUUCAUACUGAAGAACAGCAGCAGUCUUUAUCCGAGGGCGGUUCUCAGAGGACCGUGGUUUCAGCAGUCGGCCUCCGGGUGCACCAUGACAUUUUGGCAUUACAACACAGGCAUAUCAGUGGGGGCCGCCGACAUGUACCUUCGCAUCAGAGGUGUCCAAAACAACACCAUUAUUUGGAGGACUUUGUAUGACCAGGGAAGCCGCUGGAACCGGGUGAGCGUGCAACUGGGUCGUAUCACGAGGCCCUUCCAGAUCGCUUUGGCCAAAAUCAGCCUGGGCGUUUUCGACGGAAUCUCCGCCCUGGACGACGUGUCCUUCCACAACUGCUCCAUGCCACCCGCCGUUGCACAAUGCCCGCCGCACACGCACUUCCACUGCACGCGAACCAGGGCGUGCGUGGAGCGGCUGCUGCUGUGCGACCUGGUGGACGACUGCGGGGAUGGUUCAGAUGAAGAGGGCUGCUCUCCCGAGCUGCAGUGCAACUUCGAGCACGGCCUGUGCACCUGGAAACAGGAGCAAAACGGCGGCGGCGGCGACGUCUUCGACUGGACCCGCAUCCGAGGUCCCACCCCGUCCUUCAACACGGGGCCCUGGAAGGACCACACGCUGGGCACCAGCUACGGCCACUACCUCUACAUGGAGUCGUCCGUCCCCCAGGAGUUCAAGGACACGGCGGUGCUGCUGAGCCGGGCCUUCCAGCCCACGCGCGGCGAGGACGCCUUCAACGCCCGCCACCCCUGUGUGUUCCGCUUCCACUACCACAUGUUUGGCUCGCACGUGUUCUGCCUCGCCGUCUAUCUCAGGACUGUAUCGGCGGGCCGCGGGCAAUUGCUGUGGGUAGGAUACGGAGACCAGGGCAACGUUUGGCACAGGAAGACUCUGUACCUGACCAGCGCUCGACCUUUCCAGAUUAUAAUUGAAGGUACAGUCGGAGAUGAUUUCAACGGGGACAUCGCCAUCGAUGAUCUCUCCUUCCUGGGCUGCUUCCCACAUGAAGGUGAGCUCCCCCCGGCUAACACCAUAGACCCCACGGUGACGACACCGGCCCCCUCAGUUCAACCCCACCGCUGCCCCCAAGGGGAGUUUGCAUGCGGGUCGGUCGGCGAGUGUGUCGCCCGCGAGAAAGUGUGCGACUUCAGGCGGGACUGCUCGGAUGGCUCCGACGAAAGCGAUUGUGCGGCUGAGCAGUGUGAUUUUGAAGGUGGCGAGACAUGCGGUUGGGAGACGAUCGUCCCGGCCACGGUAUCCAUGCAUGCAUUCCGCUGGUCACCUGACCAAGGGGAGAGCGCUCAUGCCGGAGAGCUGUAUCAUCGUCCUGUCACCGACCACACCCUGGGCAGCCCUGAAGGUUGGUACAUGUGCGCCGAUAGCUCCAACGGUGGCUACGGCCACGCUACAGACCUCCAGACGCCCGUCAUUGGGUCCACCGGGCCGCAUUGCACCCUUGUCUUUUGGUACCACAUGGCCGGUUUCACCGUGGGCUCCCUCCAACUUUUGCUGAGGCGUGGGAACAUCACUCACGAGGUUUGGUCUCAGACUGGUAACCAAGGCCACAAGUGGAGGCGAGGCGAAGUCUUCUUGGGGCUGUCACAUGACUUUCAGGUGGUGUUCCGAGCUAAGCGUGGGAUCAGCUACAUGGGCGACGUGGUGAUCGACGACAUCGGCUUCGUGGACUGCGCUCCUCCGCCACCUUCGGAGGUGCCGUGCACCCCCGAGCAGUACGUCUGCGCCAACGGCCGCUGCAUUCCUCGGGACAACAUGUGCGACUUCAUCGAUCACUGCGGAGACGACUCAGAUGAGGACCCCUACAUCUGCAAGGGAUUUAGUGGCCGCUGCAAUUUCGAGUUUGACCUGUGCUCCUGGCGCCAGUGUUCGGAGGAUGAUUUUGAUUGGCAGAUCAAAGCCGGCAGCACCCCGACUUUCGGCACGGGCCCCUCCACAGACCACUCCCUGAGGGACCCCUCUGGGCACUACCUCUACCUGGAGAGCUCCUUCCCUCAGGCUGCCGGAAAUGCCGCCCGUAUUUCAGGGCCGUUGCUGAGCUACAGGAGCUCGCAGUGCAAGAUGCGUUUCUUUUUCCACAUGUCCGGAGACGGCAUCGGGACGCUGGGCGUGUUCCGCAAGAGCCGAGGGCGUCUUCACCUCCUCCUCAACCUGACGGGCGACCAGGGCAACUACUGGCAGAUGAGGGAGGUUGCGCUGAGCCACCCCGAGGACUUCCGAGUCACGUUCGAGGGACGGGUGGGCCGAAAUCCCAAGGGGGACAUCUGCCUGGACGACAUCACCUUUUCGCCAGGGUGCCUGCUCGCUUCCUCGGCCGCAAUAGAGGAUGAUGCCACUCCUCCUCCUCCUCCUCCUCCUCCUCCUGAAGGCCAGUGUCCUCCAGGCUCUCUGCCUUGUCGAAACGGCAGGUGCUUCUCGCCCGGCCAGCGCUGCGACUUCCGAGACGACUGCGGCGACGGCGCCGACGAGGACCACUGCGGGACUUCCUGCUCCUUUGAGGACGGCCCCUGCGGCUGGAAAAACUCCCUGGCGGACAAUUUUGACUGGUCGCUGGGAACUGGCUCGGUCCAGAGCAUACGGCCCCCGUACGACCACACUUUGGAGGAUGAAAGCGGUCACUUCCUCUAUCUGGAGGCGACCCCCGUGGGACUGAAGGGCGACAAGGCUCACAUCAGUAGUUCGCUGUGGAAGGAGUCCAGCUCCAUCUGCAAGCUCUCCUUCUGGUACUACAUUUCCCACAAGGCAUCAGGAACCAUCCGCCUGCUCGUCAAGACGGAGAACGCCAUGUGGGAGGCGUGGAACAAAACGGGCCACCAGGGCAACAAGUGGAAGCGGGCCGAGGUGCCGCUGAGAAGGCUGCGGAACUUCCGCUUGAUAUUCGAGGGCGUGCGUUGGCGCGACGUGAGCGGGGGCGCCGCCCUGGACGACCUGGAGUUCAAAGACUGCGCCCCGAGUGCUUCCGAGCCAAUGAGCUGCCCCGCGGUCACAGACUUUGUGUGCGACAGCAGCCACUGCAUCGAGUCCCACCUGGUGUGCGACGGCAAGCCCGACUGCGUCAACCAAUCGGACGAGUCCGAGUGUGGCGCCGUGGCCGACAUGCCGGGAGCGUGUAGUUUCGACAUGGACGACGGCCAAUGGGAGGAGAGGUGCCAGCUCGCUCAGGACACCGACGACGACUUUGAUUGGAGGAUCAAGCGUAGCAGCGAAACAGCAGGAGCCGGACCGCCAUCUGACCACAGUCCAGGUGGCGGGGGGAACUUCCUGUCCAUCCACUCAGCCGCUCAGCGAGAGGGUGACGUUGCCAGGGUGACCACCAUUAGUGCCUUUCCAGCCAGCGUGGGCCUGUGUCACCUGCGCUUCUGGUUCUACAUGCACGGCUCGGACAGAAUGGGAACGCUGAAGGUGUUCACGGUCGGACCGAGCGGCACCCCGCUGCAAAUGUGGGCCGUGGCCGGAAACCAAGCUAAGGGGUGGACGUACGCCAGUGUCAUCCUGUCCAACCCGAGGCCUUUUCGAGUGAGCUUCCAGGCGGAGGUGGGCGGAGACAUGUGGACCGACGUGGCCCUGGAUGACAUCACGUACACAGCAGAGUGCGUUGUAGGAGGACUGGUGACUCCACAGCCUGUCACCUGCAGCUCGGACCACUUCCAGUGCGUCUACUCCUUCCAGUGCAUCCCUGGGAGCUGGCAGUGCGACGGCGAGUUCGACUGCUUCGACCAGUCCGACGAAGAGCGUUGCCCCACGGCCAUUCCGGGCACCCUCCCCCCGCAGGGCGGCUGCCCCGCGGGCCGCUACCGCUGUUCCGACAACGUCUGCGUCCCGGCUUUACUGCGCUGUGAUGGCGUCCACGACUGUCCCCAUGGCGAGGAUGAACACGGCUGCCCACUGCUGCAAUGCGAGCUGGGAGAACUACUGUGCGACACUUUGUCCACUUGCGUUCCUCUUCAAAAGCGCUGCGACCGCUUUGACGAUUGCCUGCCUUUCGUCUCGGAUGAGUCCAGUUGUGACGACUGCCCUCCCGUGUACUGCCUGGGUCGAGGCUCAUGCCACGUGGCGGAGCACGGACCUGUUUGCAUGUGUUAUCCGGGCUGGACCGGCAACCGUUGCCAUGUAAGGACGAAGCCGCCGCUCUCCUCUCCGACGCCACCCGAUCUCGGCGACACGGCGUUGGACGCGGUAUAUACCGGCAUUGCCCUCGGAAUGCUGCUGCUGGUUGCUGGCGUGGCCGUCUGCGUCCUGGCUCUGUGCAGUAAACGAUGCCACGCGACGAAGCGCAGCCCGACGAUCUACGGGAUGAUGGAUCACCCCACCUUUGACUGGAAGUCAGAGUUUCGCCGCCGUGCAACCAGACGCAGGAACGACGCCGGGGGUCUCACAAUCAGCGUGUACCCUUGGAGGAUGGAGGCGGAGAACUCGUCCCGGAGGGACGCCAGACUGUCCUUUGCCAAUCCGGUGUACAAUCAUGAUCAUCUGCAGCCCGAUGAAUGCAGGAGCUCUGAGGCAUAAGAUAAAAAAGAUGAACUGUGUAUAUGCCAUAUGGACGCCUGCUGUGGAUUGGUAUGUGAACAUACUGUAGCUUGACUUUUUUUCCUCUGGGAAAGUGAACAGAUACGUACAUGGAGUGAUGUAACCAAAAUUAGGUACAGUAAAGUAUAUCAACGUAGUCAGAUCAGAUAUUUUUUCCUGGUCACUUGUUGCAAGGCAGAAUUCCCAGGGCUCGAUCAUAGCUGCCCCAUUGGCCAAUGAAAAAUAUUCAUUUUUAGUCAUUUUGAAUUACGACAAGUAGAGGUUGAUCGAUAUCAAUUGUUGCUAGGCAGAAUAUUACAGAACGCAAUCAUAGGCUAAUGAAAACCUUGCGAUACUACGCUGUCAAUUCAGUUCAGCCCGUGUUUACUUGCUAAUUGUUACGUUGUUAUAAUAAUGUAGCAUCACACAUGCUUUCCACACGAGCAGAUGGGAUUUCAACAGUCUGUCAUUCUAUUUGUAAAUGUAUUAAAUUUACAUCGUUACUUUGUUUUGAUUCAGAUUUUCUAGGAUGUUAGCAUUUUCUCUAUUCUCAUUUGAAAUACUACCCAGCUACUUAGCAGGAUGUCAAAUCCUUAUCAAUGCACCUUUGCACUUUCUCUCCUCUGGUUGAUAUUUUUCUAUAUGUUAGUAUACAGACUGUUAGCCUGUUGGCUUUUUAUUUUUUAAAACUCCCCACAUACAAGAUAUAAAAUACUUAUAUACAAUACAAUGUGUAUAAGAGAGUUCUGACCUCAGGUUGCUAUCUAGCGUUACGUUAGCAUGCCAACUAUUAGCACGUUAGCAUAUGAUCAAUCUUCUUCUAAAAUACCACCUACUACAGUGCAUGAUUUAAAACCCUCAUCAAUCUGUGUUAGCACCUUUGCAGCCAGAUUGCUAUCUUGCUACAUGUUAGCAUACCAACAGUUAUCAUGUUAGCAUUAUCAAUUCUCAUUUGAAAUAGUAGUGCACUACAGGGUAUGAUGUAAAAUCCAUACAAUGUGAUAAUUUCUGACCCGUUGUUGUCUUGCUAUAUGUUAGCACGACGAGUGUUAGCAUCCUCCCUAUCUCAAUGGUCCUAGCCGAUAUAGCCCCAUUGAGGCACAAGAUGUUCCUGAAUGAACAUUAUUGGUCCACACUGGUUGUUAGCUUGCUGUAUGUUAGCAUGCUAGCUGUUAGCGUUGUUCGAAUUUCAUUUAAAAAAAUUUUUUUAGGGCCAAAGUUAAAAUACGUAUAGAGAUAAACUAACAAUCUGUAACAAAUGCAGGGUGAUAGAUUAGCAACAAGUGGACAAAAAUUCCCAUUCCCCCAAAAAAGACAAACUCAGCUCAGUGCUCGUUUGCAUCAACCCAGUGACAUUCGAACCGACGGCCUGUGGUCAAAACAAAAGCACUUUAUGCACCUUUAUGCCAAGCUUGCACACACACGGGUAGAGAUUAUGAGGCCAUUAUUGUUUUUGGUUUGUUUUUGUGCGUCUCUGGUAGCUUCGGUAUUCACGCCAUUGAAUGGCAUGUAGAGCUAGCACAAGGUCUUUGUGGAUGUUGUUUUUGUGUUGUUGGUAGGCUCAGCUCACUCCCAUGGGGGAAGGUUUAUGUCCCUUGUCCAACCAAUUAGACCAAAUAUAAUACCUUUCUCAACUGUCUGCUGGAAGAUUUACUUUGCAAGUUAUCGCUACAAUAAAUGAGUAACUCACUUUAUUUAGUUGAAAACUUAAAGAUGUAUUUUUGGUUUACUAUUUGUUAUUAUUUGUUUGUUUUUUCACUUUACAUUUUAUCUUUACCUUUUAAUUUUAUUAAACAAGGUAAAUUCUU